AUUAGCCGAGUCGACAAGGAAAUUUCACGUUCAAAUUGGGUGCCGUUGGUUAGCCUGAUGCCUGUCAUUUAUUUGAUUUAACAAUUGCAGUAGUUCAUCUUUGGUAACGAGAAUUCGAUUACUUAUCGUUGCUAGGUGCAUUUCUUGUGGGGCUGUUUUAACGUUUGAAAAUUAGAAUUUGUUAUUGUGUUAUUUGCCAGAAAAGGCAUCCAGACACAUUUGUCGAAAAUGACUGCUGCUAUUGGAAAGACCCCAGUCUCUGUACUUCAGGAAUUGUUAAGCAGGCGUGGGACAACUCCAAAAUAUGAACUUGUUCAGAUUGAGGGUGCUAUACAUGAACCGACAUUCCGAUACCGUGUGACAGUAUCUGAGGUUGUGGCCAUGGGAACUGGACGAUCAAAGAAGGAAGCAAAGCACGCUGCCGCCAAAUCUGUCCUGGAUAAAUUAAUUGUUGGUUCUCAGGAAGAUGGAAGUAGCUGUACCAACAACGCGUUGUCCGAAGUGAAGACAGAGAUCAUUUCACCCUAUGAUGACAAGAUCCCAGGCAACCCCAUUGGGGCACUGCAGGAAAUGUGCAUGUCUCGACGCUGGCCUCCCCCAGGCUAUGAGAUGGUGAAUGAAGAGGGUCUUCCCCACGAACGCCUCUUCACCAUUUCCUGUGUUGUAUUUAAGCACCGGGAAACUGGCACGGGAAAAUCCAAAAAGUUAGCAAAGAGACAGGCAGCCUACAAGAUGUGGGAGAAGCUACAGGACAGCCCAGUUGUGCUGUCGAAUGCCAUUCUUGGUGUGGAUGAUGAGGACGAGAUUGCCCAUGGUGUUGCAAAUGUUGCUGCCCGUUAUGCUGACCUGAAAGAUAGUAAAAUCUCAACUAUGAGUACACACCAUAGUCACAAAGUGUCUCAGUUCCAUAAGAACCUGAAGGUGUCAUCAGGCAUUAAAUUGAUUGAACUGCAGAUCACUUCUUUCAACGAUGCCAGCUUCAACUUUGUGCAGUUUCUGCAGGAGAUAGCUUCUGAGCAGGAGUUUGAGGUUACGUAUGUGGACAUAGAAGAGAAAUCUGUGACAGGCAAGUCGCAGUGCUUGGUGCAGCUAUCCACACUUCCUGUCGCAGUCUGCUAUGGCAGUGGCAGCUGUUCGAAGGAGGCUCAAGCGAGUGCAGCGCAGAACGCGCUCGAGUACCUAAAAAUUAUGACCAAGAAAUGAACGGACAUAUUGAGCAGGUUGUAGCAACGUGACAGCUUUCACACGGGAGAAUAAUCUAUAUUGGUUAAUUUGAACCUUGGAGACAUUGAUUGGCAUUGUGUUAUAUAAAGCCAAGUGUUCAAAUUAAUGAGAAUGGGAUUUGGCAGCGUGGCUGGUAGUACCCAUAUCCUACUUGAACAUAAGUAUAAUUAUGCGUUAAUUUAUGUGAAGUGUCUUGUAGAAAAAUAAUUUCAACCUGAGACUUUGACUUAUAAGUAUCUGUAUUAUCAGGUGUCUUAUAUUACAGUAAAGGGACCUGCCUUGUGGCCAGAAUGGAAGUAGAAGUAAUCCCGUGGCGUGAAUGUCUGCUCAAGUUGCGCUGACCUGUGCAAAAUCUCUGAUAAUUUAAACUUGCAUGCCACUUAAUGGUUUGUGUAAGUUAGAGUAAGAGUCGCGUACACUGCUGGGCCAUUCUGUUCGGCAAACACACUCCCAUUUUCAAGUUUUUAAAUGGGAGAUGUUGGUUUUAUAUUGGUGACAUAAUCUUUUGUAUUUGAGUUGAAAUUUAUUUACAGGGAGAUUUCCUUGCAAGUCAUUAACAUUUUAUUGAGGUUUGAGAAUUAGAUCACUGGUUCCCGUCAUCAGGAUGCAUCCCAGAUUUGUGUUGUGGGGAUCCUCGGUAGGGUCUCCGAGGAUUGUCAUGUUUCUUCUUACUAGAUUUGGGGUUCUCACAGAGCGAUAAUGUCGAUGUUGGCUUUUUCAUUUAUACAUUUUUAUCAGUUGUGGGAAAACAGCAAUAAUAAAGUUAUUUGGCUUACUUAUAGGCGAAUGCCACUAAGAAAUAUGUGAAUUAUCUCUUCUUAUAAUCUAGUCAUCAGCUUGCUUUAAAAUUUCUUCUUUAUCUUUUCAAGGUUAGGCUUGCAAGCCUCUUCGCUCAAAUGUUUGCGAUGUCUACCAGUGUCUCUUCCUCCUCAAUGAUUGUAAUAGUGAAUGGAUUUUAUUAUUAAGAAUAGUUGUCUUCCGCGUUGUAGCGUCGUGUAGUCUGGUGAAAGUGUACCAGCGCGGCCAUCCUCAUACUCGCCAAUUUCAGAAUCUCAAAUCCUGCAGUUAUGUUAUUUUUUUAAAACCUGUUUUAUCUGUCUCUUCUCUUUCUACAUUUGCAUUGAUUUUCUUGCUAAUCUUUCCAAGUAGUUCUUCAUUCUUGGCAUCCUUUUGGGUUUUCCAUAGAAACCAGUUUUAUAUCUUCGUCUUUCUUUCUGUCCAGGUAAUUCAUACAGCUUUGCCUGUGUCCCUCUGUUUUAUUUUGUGCUGAAGUACACGAAUAGUGGAGAUUACAAUUGACUGCGCAAAACCUGCAUCCUGGAGGACAAAUGCGUUCAUUUUCUGUCUUGCCAGUAUUAAUUAUGGUUAAUACUCUUUCAUUUCUAGGAUUUACAAAGUUUUUUUAUGUGAAUGUAUGUAUUUUGCUGCGUAAACUGACUUUAAUUUAAACUAACCUGUCCCCUUUGUGGGAAUGUGUUUGCUGAACAGAAUGGCCCUCACACCAGAUUGAUGAUGCACGUAAAAACUGAAGAAUAUAAUACAAGCUAUACUUUGCAUAGAAUUAGUGGAAUUUUCCAAGUAAUACGUAAUGACGUGAAUUUACCUUCUUGUAGAAAAUUAAAGUAAAAAAAGGUAAAAAAAAAAGCUUUUCUGCAGUGACAUUUUGAAGCAAGCUAGUUAUGAUUAUUCUUAAUGUAGUGUUAAGUCAGUGUACAUUUGCUGUUUGCUAAAAAUUUUUAAAAAAAUAUGACGUGUGAGCUGCAGUGGGACAAGUGUAACAUCCAGUGAACCCCUUAGGAAAAUGGGCAUUAUUUUGAUGCAAAGUAUAGAGGUUGUAAUUGAUCACCCUGCUGAAUAUUUAAAUGAGGUGGAGAUUUUAAAGCGUAAUAUAUUUUUUGUCCGUGAGUUGAAAGAUCUGCGUGGUAUUUUGUGCAGCCCUGAGUAUCUUGGGAUAAUACGAAACUAAGAUGACUUGUCUUGUAUGGUGGUGAUGGAACUGUACAUGGCAUGACCUCCCAGAAGACAGCCGUCUUCAGGAAGGAUCUUUUGAGUGCUGUUUUUAUAAAUUUGUAUUCUGACCUGGUUUUCAGGCUCUCGAAAUAUCAUGCAUUAAUCAUGGAAGUACCCAGUAGCGAUGUUUUCAGACACUGUGUCCAUACUGUAAUCUUUUGUUGAAACAUCGUACUGUAAUGCAAGGUGUUUUUUUAGUGAGAACUGUUGUUCAUCUAAUGUUACGGAAAAAUGGGCUCAAUGAAUUCUUUUUCCAUUAAGCUGCCAUGUUACCAAGUUGGAAGAUUCUGGUGUUGACAAACUUAAUCAGUCAGCUGUGACUUUAUUCCGUAGGUGUAUUGGUACAUUGCUUUCACUUAUUUUGUAAUGAAUCUCAGUUUCACUCAACUUGCAUGUAUAUAGUUACCCCAUUAAAAAACAGCAAUGUUAUAUGUGAACUGAGAAUUUGCAGUUUAAAAUUUUGCGGAUCUUGACUGUGCUCAAACUCAAAAGGGGGGGAGCAACUGUGCAUUAUCUGUCGGAGGGAGUUUCAGAGGUAUUACAAUCCUGUAAGAAAUAGAGCCACUGCAGUACAUUCUUUGUGUUCUAAUUAAGUAUACGUAUUGUGUUAACCCUUUUGUUACAAUGUCUGCCCCAAUGCUCCUAGGGCAUGCUGUAUGCUAUCUUAUAAAUUUUAUUUAGUUGUAAAAUGAGCCCAAUUGAUAACAAUAAUUUAAUGAUUUCUUGGAAUUUACAUUUCUUGAAUUACCCCGUCCAUGUUAUAUAUCUCAGGUAAUUGUAAAGGAAAUUUUCAGUGUAUUUCAGAUCAUCUGCUUAACUGCUAGUUAAAUUUGCAAAGAGUCAAGGAAGAUGGUGCACAAGGGGGGGGUCAGAGCUGUCGAAGUAGUUAUUUGUGAAUGCGCAUCGUUAUGUUGGCAGAAUGGGUUUUUGUUCUGAAAAGAACUGUUUUUGUCAGUUGAACUUAAAAGUAAUUUAUCCUCUCCCUUUGGCACUAGCAGUCGAGCAUUUAAUUGGAUUUAUCACCGUAUUUAUUUGGACAGAAACCUACGCUCCUAAAACACUUUCUUUUCUGCAGACACAAAAGUGGACUGUGAUAACUUUUAAAGAAUGACUUAAAUGUGAUGGUCGUCAUGGUCCCCGUAUGCUGUAAUUUUGUUUGAAACCUCAGCACUGUUUGAUCCGUCUUAUAAUGACAGGAUCAUAAUAUUGCACGGAUCCAUGGACUGGUGAAUUUUCAGUCUUUUUGUUGUCUGAAGCAGAUUUAAGUGUCGUGGACUAAGAAUUUAGGUCUUUAUUUGUAUUAAACUGGGGAUAUUACGUACUGUAAAUGCAGGUCUGUAUAAAUUGUUACUUUACCCAAGUAUGAGUAUAGAUAAUUCCCACCAGGACUUCAUGAUGUUUGACUAAAAUAACUCAUUUUCUGGUUGAAAGUUUGUGAUGUGUUUAUUGCAGACGUAAGUAAAGGCAGCUGGGAGCAUUAACAGGGUUGGAUUUACUGAUCAGAGCAAGCUAUCGUACAUCGCAACCAGUUUGUGUUGCAAUUUAUAAUUUUGUGUGCUGAGCAAACAUUUGAUUGUAGAUAAUUUACGGUCUUAUCGACUUGGUUGAAAGCGUAUAUUUAUCAAAAAUUGCGGAUUGUGGCUCCUCGUGUACUCGGUGUUUUACAUUUACCUAGUUUGUGUGCAGAUGAAGUGGUCACAUUUUGAAAAAUUUAAGUAAUAAACACAGUUACGAUUCAUUGUGUUGACAUAAUGCUGGGUCUUCGGCAUUGGAACUUGAAAUUGUUUUCUUACCCAUCUGAAAAUGAGAUAUGGGCACUAUUUUUUUAAAGGUAACAAUAUUUGAAAAUAUGGAAAUAUUGUGGGUAAUUUGUUGGAAUUUCGUCUGAGAAUGUGUUGAAUUCAAGACUGGCCAGAUAAUUCGCGUGUACAUGUCCCCCCCCCUCCCCCCACAUGACCUCUUAGGAAGUUAAAAGUGUCUGAUAUACCAAGGCCUAACCGCGAUGGUUUGUAUUCAUUGAUAGGAAAUGGUUUCCUCAGUUUGCAGCUGUUAUCAUUCUUAUCCUGACUUGUACGGAAAAUGGAAAUCCCGCAAUACGGAUGUUUUUAAAAAAGGAAGAAGUGGAGUCAUAUCUUUACGCUCUCUGGGCAGCUGCUGGUCAGGAUGGUUGGAAAGAAUACUCAAGAGGAACAUGUUAUGGAUUAAACUAUAGUUUGCCACGUUUCAGACGGAACCUUGUCGACGUAAUCAUUUUUUACUCAUAAAUGUGCUUUUUUUAAAGGUUUACGUUCGAGAGGCGCUGUGACGUAACAAGAAAUCCAACCCUGCAGUGCUAGAAAGGAAAUUGACAAUAUAUACCAAUGUUAUGGGCUUUAAUAUUUCUUAUUAUUGGUAGAUUAUUACAUAAACAUCUGCUUACUUAUGACAUUGAAGCAUGGAGAUUGCUCGAUUGUAAAAAAGGAGUACCCAGUUUCUUAACAAUGUUCAGGCGUGUGGUUAAACGUGUGAAUUUUUUCAAACAUGUUCUGUAUAGUUUUUGUAAAUUUUCAAGAUGUGAAAAUGGUGAUAAAUUUAAUAUCUCCCAUACAAUUAUUGGGUUUUAUGUAUUUUGUGGUUGUACGCGAAGUUUCGAUUACAAAGAGUUUUUUUUUUUUUUUUGCAAAAGAAACUGAAAACCACGAACCAUCAAACUACCUUCGAGGAAUAGAAAUUCUAUGGAUAAAUCAGUAAGUUGCGUGUGAAAAUGCACGAUAACAUUCUCAGCAUCUUAAAAUGCACGUGGGGAAUUUGUUUACAGCAGAUAUUUGUGUUUUAUUGUACGAACAUUACCAAAUUGAAGUUUGUUCUACAGGCAAUACUGUAUUGUGGCGGUCAGUCUAUUUGUAUAUUUUAAUUUAAUUUACAGUCUGAUUAAAUGUUAUAAUUGUGUAUGAAAUACUAUGUUGAUGUUAGAAAUAGUCACUACCUUCGUUCCUGAGCGCAAAUUAAAAUCGUGGAUGUUAACCAUAAAGUUCUGGUUGUUACUUUAAACUUAAUUGGUUCAUUUCGUGAACGAUGUUUAUGAAGAUUCUGUAGUUCGUGCUGUGUCAAUAAAUCUGUAUAAAACGCUACUCGACAUGCCUUGAGAUCUAUUGACUGCGUGAUGCAGGGUCUGUCUGUGGGUAGUUGUUUUUUAAGUGCUAAAUACAUUUUGUGUUUCACGGUCUGAA